GAUCAUCUUCCGACUUUCCAAGAUGGCGAUGAGACAUUUAGUUUUCGCAUUUAGUUAUCUUCAUCUGAUAUGUUCUGCCGCAAUAGAAAUCAAUCUAGCAGGUACAUGGAUUGUUCGAAAUGGAAAUAAGAGCAUAUCCGUGGCUGGAGAAGUUCCCGGAAAUGUACAUACAGCCCUGUACCGCAAUGGAACCAUUAUGGAUCCUUAUUUCCGGUUUAAUGAUGUCAACUAUAGAUGGAUAGCUUAUGAUAACUGGACAUACACUAGAUCUUUGGAAGGUUAGAUAAUUCGUUGGCCAUUGUUCAUUGUUUUGGUGCAGUGCUCUUUAAGUUUUAAUCGCUUUAACUGACACUUAGAUUGUUUUUUGAGAAUGUCACAAUUGCUGGUCAAAUUUCGUAUUCUCAGUUACGUGAGCCAAAACUUGACAUUUUCAGCGGGUGAUAUGGAAAACCUAUCCUUGGGUAAAGGAAUCGCCGAUGUUUCACAACCAUGACCCAUUUAAUGGACAAAAAGGCAACCUAAUGCAGCUAGGGUACAAUUCUACCUGUGACUACCACCCUUCCCCCAACUCUUGGAACAUUAAGGAGGCCCUGUUUUGGGAAAAAUUCCGACCAGCAACAUGACCUUGAAACAGUGACAUAGGACAGCAGAAAUGGUGACAAACAACACAAAGAUAGGUUGAAAUUGCGACUGCGACAGAGAAAAGUGCAAAUACAAUAGUUAAACACUGACAGGGACAUGACUUCCUCCUCAAUACAUGGAACGACAGGUUUUGGAAUUCAGACUAGGGACAUAUAUAUGUGACCGACCCCCCCUAAGAGAGCCUCAUUAAGGUCACUCAUUUAGGUGCAAAGGCUGGUGGUUGAACUUAUUGCAUGGCUAGACAAUCUCUCUUGCUUUUUGCAUGGUUAUAGACCUUGUCGCAGUUUUGGAAGCCAUCUUGACGAGUAGGCAACCGAGUUAGAAAUUACAGUGUUUGUUUGAGAAUCUAAUGUCAAAUAAUUUCCAUAAAAUGGCUUAUCUGAAAAAAUAUGAUUCUUAAACUAAAGCUACACAGUAAAGGAUUCUACCAACACACACAGACUUUAUUUGAGUGUAAAUGUAUUAAGAGAGUACUAACUGGGGACGCUAUUUUUCUUCUCUAACUGGAGACAGCACCACCAUUUUAUGUGGUCAUCUGAGCCAUGCGAAGGUCUUGUUGCUCACAGUGCAAGGAAUACCUUCACUUCUCAGUUAUUUGAAGACCCUGAGUAUUGGUCCAGCCCUUGGAAACGAACCCAUGACCUUCUGCUCUGAAUUCAAGAGCUCUACUGACUGAGCUACUCCUGCUGCAGUUUAGUCUCACAUAAGUGAUAUCCAGAUGAUUAUAUUACUGUUAACCUUCUUAUGAUGUACAAUGACUCCUGAGUUAAUUUUAAUCAUUUCUCAUAGUGUCUGAAGAUGUGAUUUCCAAAAGAGAGAUUCUCCUAGUUUUUGAAGGACUAGAUACAGUUGCUACAAUUCUGGUGAAUGGCGUCAAAGUGGGUGAAUCAACAAACAUGUUUCACAGGUAUAUCUUCAGUGUCAAGGGAACUCUCAAGAGUGGUUUAAAUGUAAUUGAGGUGUGUUUCACAUCUGCCAUUACUUACGCCAAAGGGCAAGCAAGCAAGUCUCCGUAUCCAGUGCCUCCGGCUUGUCCUGUCCCAGUACAACGUGGGGAGUGUCAUGGUAAUUUCAUCAGAAAAGAGCAAUGUUCUUUCAGCUGGGUAAGCCAUUUGUCUGAAUGGAUACUAAAUUGAAACCCCGUGAAUCAAAAAUAAAUGGCUAAUAUAAGAGUCAGGUUGUUAAAGACAUACUUCAUUUCUACAAUAGGCCAUUUGUACUAAGAGGUCAUGUGACAUCAUUUUUAUGAAAAUGAAAGUUAUAUGAUUUUGUCUUUGAAAAACGAUUAGUGGGUCAUAUCUUAAACAAAAUAAUAGUGAUUUGAUUUUUCAAAUCCGCAAGUAAGUUUGUAGCUGGUCACGUGACCAAAAUGUGACUUUUAAAAUUAUGAAUUACCUCUUUCUCAAUGCAAGUUUUGCACUUAAAUUUCAAGGAAAUUGUUGAAAUGAUGAUGUGGUAAUGUUUACAGCACAUCUGAGCGUACCUAUCAAACGUUUAACAAGAUAUAAGCAAAAAGUAGUUUUGGCUGCCAUGUUGGAGGGUAAGAGUAUGCCCUCCAACAUGGCUGCCAAUACAAAUCAUACUACUUUGUUGAAAAAUCAAAGUGCCAUAAAAUAUCUCCCUUAAAUGCAUUUCCUCUCAAAUUUCGGGUGUUAGAUAAUUUUUAUGUGCUCUGUCAAUUUUUGGCAUCAGCAAGAUUCCAACUCAUUGUUUAAAGGAAGCAUUGGUCAGGUGACCUCGUAGUGCACAUGGCCUGUUAGAUGGAAAAUGUCAUCAAAAGGCAAGUUAGUAGAGGUAAAUUAAUUUUUCUUUUCUUUUGUAGGACUGGGGACCAGCAUUCGUCACACAAGGGAUCUGGUGAGCUACACAAUCUUUAACAACCAAUGUAAAAAACUUAGCCUACUGUACCCUCCCUCCCUCCCUUCAUGGUGGAGGGGGGAGGGUAUGGCUGCAUGUAGGUUAAAGUUUAACAAGGCUUCUCUCAUUUGAGAACUAGUCAGUUGUGGCUUUAAUCCUUCACAUCAACUAUAUCAUUUUUAUCCAUUUAUAAGGAUCUGCAUGGGCAGAGAUGCCAACCUCUGGAGAUCUAAAAUCUGCCCCCCCCCCCCUCCAUUGCACCGUGACCUUUGGUGUAGGACAUUAUAUGCAGUCUCAAAUGAAGUACAUACUAUCAAAAUUCGCUUUUAUCAUUGAAAUGACGAAACAAUCAUUGUCAGUGACUAAAAACGUGCAAAAUGUCCCAGAAAUAGUACAUUGAAUUAAAAAAGUUUGAAUGUUGAAAAAACGUCUAAGAUCCCUUGUUCAUUACCUUAUAAAAUUAUUUGUUUUUUUUUUGUCAUCUAUAGGAGGAAUGUGUCCCUACAAGCUUACAAUUCUGCUGUCAUAAGAGACAUUACAGUUACACCAACUAAAGGUUCCUUCCUUGUAAUCUAAUGUGAUCUCUGGCCAGUGUCCACUCAGUAAUUAAGAGCACUAGCUAGCACUUUAAAGAUAUAUAAUGAUUCACGAAGGAAAUACAAUGAUUUUUAGUCAUGUCUACAGUAUGUAGCUGCAACAGAAUUUCUUAAAAGCCAUUUUAAAUGAUAAUCACACAGUGGUGAGGACACUCUUUAUCUGUAACCCUUUUAUUACCAGAAGUGGUGAGUCAUAAUUUGGUAAAAUUUCUGAAUGUCAUUUUGAAAAAUGCUAAAAAGCAAGUACAUGUACAUGUAGGACCACAUGAAAGUGCUACUGUAGGAAGAGAAUUCAUUUGAACAUGUUAACAUGACAUAUUUCAUCCACAGACACAGAUGAUAGACUCUUUUAUUCCGGGAGUGACAUGGUUAAUACAUUCACGCCUAAACCACGUGAAACUUGCCAGAUACUGGAAACCAUGAAAAGGCCAUUUUCCUUGUACCAGUUUUGAUGUCACCAGUUUUAAUGCUAAAAGAUGACAUUGACGCACAAUUUUUUGCGGCACAAGAAUUGUUCCCGGGCAUGCUCAAAUGGAAGCCAUUCAACUAGAAAUACAGGCAAAAGAGUGUUUAAUUGAGUGCUGAAUCUUGUCCUUUACUACCCACUGUAAUCCAAACCAUCAAUCCAAACCAUUUUUCGCCCCAGAAAAAGAUUUCUCUAUACUCAAACUAUUGUUUGCAAACUGAGAUUUCUGUAGUUUUGGUUCUUUUCAUCUAAAUGUUUAACGGUUGAGUACUGAAAAUGACUUAAUUUACGUUUUUGAAAAUUCUUUGUACUUUUUUUUUUCCUUUCCUGUCGGCUUAGUUAACGUCACCUGGCAAUUAUCAGUGGCUGUGUUUAUGGAUGCAACUUGCGAUGGUAUUACAGGCACUGUUUACCUUAGCCUCCCUCAGAUGUCUCAGUCUCUGAAAGUUCCCAUUAAACUGUCGCAGGGGCUACAGAAAGUUUCUUUGCCAGUUAUGAGAUUUACAGAGAAAGACGAAAUAAAACCAUGGUGGCCCAGUGGUUAUGGCAAACCAAAUCUGUAUGCUCUCAAGGUAAAAAAGCCCGUAAUUCGAAGGGUUAUGUUGCUAAUGACAACCAGCCAAUAAUUAUUUUUUGUUUCACUUAUGUUUUAGUUUGGAAACUCCGUACUGUUCAAUUGAUUUCAAUUGAUUUUAUUUAUUCUGGAAUAAAACUGGGAAUUCAAAUUUUACACUAUUCCUUGGUUAUCUUAACCCAGCUUUGAACAACACAGCCUAGUGAUUGUUCCUUUUGGCACUAAAUGCAUUUAACAGUGAUGAAAACACACCUGCCAUGCGAGAUAAACAGUUGAAUCACCCGACUAAGUGUUUCCGUGUUUUUGCCACAAGUAACUUUUCUAACCCUUCUCCGCCCCAGCCAAAGAUACGCAUAGAGAAUGGAUCGCUGGAGCGGUUAGACCUACGUGACACACUACCUACACCUGCACUUUAAUUUAAUAAAAAGAGUAUUAUUAUAUCUUUCGAACUGGCCUAGUAUUAUUUUCUACAUUACUUACACGUACCCUACAAUUCAAUGCAGGUUCUCUUUGUGGACAGCGCUGGUGAGCUACAAUCGAGUAUAAGUCGUCAAAUUGGCUUUAGAAAAGUAAAGCUUGUGCAGGAACCGAUACAGGGAGCUCCAGGUGAGCACUGUGUGAUCAUGUCGGUACUUAAAAGCCACGUGCAAACGGACCCAACAACUCCCAACAUUGUUGGCCUAGCAAUGUUGGGAGUUGUUGGGUCCGUUUGCACGUAGCCAAAAGUUUGACCGGUGUUAAACUUUGCGGAACAACUCCCAAUAACAUGCAACAGGGUGUGCAAACGGACGCAACAUGCAAUAUUUAACAGUGUUGGGAGUUGUUGGCCAACAAUGUUGCUCCUUUUGCACGAGGCUUUAUAUGUAUAGGGUAAAAGUUGAACAGGUGGAUACGAAGCGGGGUGGGGGCUGGAGAAGGAUUUAAAACAGGUGAGGGAGGGGUUAGAGAGGAAAGGUGAGAGAUCUGACCUGGCUGGUUAACAUGAAUAAUGAUGGGAAUUGCCUUUUUUGCAGUUUACAAGCCUGUUCUGAUUCACUGAAUUUGAAAAAUUUGAAGAUUUUAUAUAGAAAAAGGCUAAUUUAAAACACACUGGUAACUUUCUUUAAUGAGGUCCCUUAAAAGUGCGUCUCUGAAACAUUCACGAUUUUACCCGGUGGAAAGAAUGCCGGUAGACAGAAUAAGGAGCAAACUUGCUUUCUUACAGACGGUGAGGUUUUGAAGAAAAUUUAGAAAUAUUUAAAACAACUGAGACUUCCAAGCAAACUUGGAGUCGCUGUAAUUUUCUGCGGGAGGCUCAGAUCUUUUCGUCAGUUAUCAAAGCUCUGGAGACGUUAAAUACGUUUUCUAAACUGCUGUUAUUUAUUUUUCAGGUCUAGGAUUUCACUUUGAAAUUAACGAUUUACCUAUAUUUCUCAAAGGAGCCAACUGGAUCCCAGCAGGUAUAACAUGAUCUUGCCUACGGCUUUAGCUACGUGCAAACUGAUACAACAACUCCCAACAUUGUUGCGCCAACAAUGUUGCGUGUUGUUGCGUCCGUAUUGCAGUGGUGUGCAAACGGUGCAACACCUCCCAACAUCAGACGCAACAUGUAACAUCCAACAACGUUGCGUCCGUUUGCACGAGGCUUUAUUAACAAUAGAGAGACAAUGGCUACGAGAACGUCAAAAAAGCAAUAGAUUAGAUGAGCAAAAGACAACAACUCUGUACGUGCUUCCUGCUUUUUUUGCACAUUUCUUUGCCGUCACUGCACGAGUACAAGGUAGAAGUGACUAAUUUCACGUUUUGUGGAGUACGUGAACACAAGACAAAAACUUUCUUUUUCUUUUCCUGGACUUCGAUAAAGUCUUUUAGAAUUCAACUCUGGAAAAAUUUGCCAACAUUUAAGGAAUUGAACGAGAUGGAAUAUGCGCGAUUAAGUUUAAAGCAGAGCAAAUUCACAUUUUAAGUGACGUUUUCGUAGCUGUCGGCGCCGUUGUUGCUUCAAAAAAAAUGAAAUUUACAGAUAUAUAUCCUCAGACCGCAGAUGGAUACUAGCAUUUCUCACAUGAUUACGUGGGUUUCUCCUCUUGAAUUUGCUCAAAUGACAAGCUGACGCUCGAACUGUCAGCUUUUGGGUGUUUGCUGAUUUAUCAUCUUACGUAGGCCUCGGCUAACGUCGGACUUUUCAUGAGACGAACCCAACUCUAAUUUGGGUCGACCUAAAUUAAGUUAAGACCGUCUGUUGGGUCAGACGUCGAACUUAUAUGACGCGUCGAACCAAUCAGCUGAAUCAGAUCGGUAAUAAAUUUUCUCCCGAACCGGAAGCUAAAGAUACAUUAUCUUUCAAAUUUUAGUUUGUCGCUUGUAAAGAUCGACGUUUGUCCGGGGCACGAUCUUGAGACGUUCUAUUCGUCUGAAGCAAACGGAUAGAACGUGUUGGACGAUCCAAACUCAUUGACAGAAACGUAACUGAUUCAGACGUCGAACUUAACAUGAACUUAACUCACAAAGUUUGGUUCGACGUUUGGCCUAGGCCUUAUUAAAACUAGUUUUUGUGUCUUCUUCACAGAUGCCUUUGAAGACCGUGUAACAAGCUCAGUUAUAAGGAAUAUUCUACAGUCCGCUGUUGACGCCAACAUGAAUGUGGUGAGAAACUGGGGAGGUGGAAUUUAUCAACACGAAGAGUUCUACAGCAUAGCGGAUGAAUUAGGGUAAAUUAUGAGUUUGUCCUCGUUGUUAAAGCUCUUGAUGUUUUUCUUCAAGGGGGAUGGGGAGCUAAUUCGAAGGGGAGGGGGCUUUUUUGAAGGGAGGUAGUGUGGCCGUGCGCAGCCUGUUCCAGGCAUUCAGAUAGUAGAGCGCGGGAGAAAAAUUGACCAGGAAAAGAAACAUUUUUCCCCUCGUUUUCCCGCGUACGAGUGACUCGCUUCCCACCAUCUGAACUCCGCGCUCUACUAUAUGAAUGCCCAGAACAGGCUAGGCCGAGCGGUUAGAGCGCUGGUCUUGCAAUUGAGAGGCCCCGAGUCUAAGUCCCGUUCUGACCACUUGCUGGAUUUGUUCUUGGUAGUCCCGAGUUCAAAACCUCUACCACGCUUGUAAGUAGCCAGCUGUUUUGCCUCCAGCCAUUUUGAGCAUUGACGGUAACUUGUAAACAGAGUGAAGACUGGGUGACUUCCUUUCUGUUGUUCGGGGUGGUCAGGUUUUUGUUUCUAUAGAGCAUCUAAAUCGUUUUAAGAUUCUGAAAAACUUUCCACCCACCUCUCCCCUAAUAUUUUUUCACUAAGGUCACUGAUUGUUUUCAGGUUACUUGUGUGGGAAGAGUUUAUGUUUGCUUGUGCCCUGUAUCCCACAGACACGGAAUUCUUAAACUCAGUAAAAGACGAAGUGCGAUACCAGGUGAGGAAUUCACUGCUUUCCAUCCAUUCUGAUAGUCUGAUCAUUCUGAUCCAUUCUGAUCCAUUCUUGAGCAAAAGGCAAAUUACUAGUUGUGGUGAGGUUCUCCCAUUGUAGCAAACAACAGGUAAAAUUCCCAUCCUCAAAAUGUUGGUGGUGAGGUUUCUUUACCUAGUUAAAAGUUUAAUCUUUUUGCCGCCCAACUUUGUUCGACGAACAUUACCUAGUAGUAUAUAAUCAGGGCGUAAACUUUAAAAUAGACCACUAGUUGGAUUUUACUAAUACAGUAUAUACGGGCGUAAACUUUAAAGUUAUGUCUUUUCGCAGGUUAGGCGCUUACAUUAUCACCCAUCACUCAUUGUGUGGAGUGGGAAUAAUGAAAACGAAGCGGCACUGGCUGACGACUGGUGAGGUUUACAUGUAGUAGCACUCGGUCCCUUUCUCUUGGUAGAUUAUUGGUAAAGUUAAUAAAGUUAUACAAGAGUGGUCUUAGAAACCAAAAGAGUGGAAUGGUCAUGGAGCCCGUCAGACGUCUUUUUUAUAUGUUUUUGUGGAUUUGACGGUGCACGACGUUCAGUAGCAUUCCUAUCAUUUUGAUCUUUCUGAGGAAUAAAAACGUCGCAUUACUUUAUUCCGUCACAAUUUGAGAACAAAAAACAAAGGAUUGUACACCGUCUGGGAGCUUCCAACAUAAACUGCAGUACCACUGGUUUUUUCUUUCUUUUUUUUAUGUUUGCCACCUUUAACAACCAGUUUCCUCUACUAACCAUGCAGAAACUAACCAUUGCUCUCGUUUUGACAUAUAUUUUUGCAGGUACAACACGACUUCACAUUUUUCUAGAUAUGUCAAUGAUUACGUGAAAGUAAGUUCUUAUCGUAAAGGCUGAUUUAUAGUUGUACGCUAAGGAACCUAGCCUUUGAUUGGAAGCGAGGCUGGUGGUGUUUUGAAAAACAAAACAACUUUAGUUGGUUAAAGCUAGACUUUAAUCCUUUUGUUGCCGCCAAAAAGCCGAAGCUUUGCGCUACUAGUGGGCUAUAACAUAAAGCUUAGUAGUGUCUCAACCAAUCAGAACGCAGCAUUGAUAAUAGAACACUAGUGGGAUUUUACUAAAAGAAUGAAUUCCUAUUCCGUUAUGAAAUCGUUGGUAUAAGAAUUGAUUUAGAUUCAUUCAUGAUAUUCCAGCCCGCGUUUUGGCAUUGUCUUUGCUGUGACAUCGCCGAAUCGGCUUUUGCUAACAAGAGAAGAAGCGUUUUAUCUGAUAUAUGCACACACGCUAGUUUUUCUACCCGACCUCGAAGUAUGUGAAUAUCAGAAAAGCCCCUUUUCUGUUGAUAGAAAUGUGAUGGUGAAUUUCAAGCCCGGUGAAUACAUGAGAAAGAUUUUUUUUUCGGUCAGUGACACAGGCGGCGCGGAAGAACAGAUCCGAGAACUAUCAAUAGGAGUCGAACCUAUGAACUUCCGGUUUCUAGUCGAGAGAGAUACUCUACUACAGAGCUACAGGAUACUCCUAGAAGCUAAGACCACUAAACUAGCUUCACUUAACAAACAUCCUGUAUACUGGUAUGGCUGCGGGAAUGUCGAUAUGUGCUUAUGCACAGUGAUAGAAGUGUGAUGGUGAAUUUAGUGUUUUGUUUGAUUCAAAUUCUCCAAUGGUUAUCAUUUCUUGAAAAGAAUCAGUAGAAAAGUUCGGAAAAAUUUUAUGGGAAUUAGUAUCCGAUGUCCAAACCCGCUUUUUAUGUUGUGAUUUCCUUUGUUUUCCCUUCAUUAAAUUCUAAUACGUUUUGUCCCGUUUAUUGUUUAGCUCUAUAUAGACAUUAUCCGAGAGACGCUAGAGGAAGAAGAUACAAGUCGGCCUUUUCUAUCAUCAUCUCCUUCCAACGGAGUUGACACGGAAAGGGAGGGGUGGGUGGCAAAAGACCCGGGGAGCCCGUACUGGGGAGAUGGUAAGUGAAAUACGUGCAGUAGAACAACAGUAACGAUCCGAGGAGUGACACAGAAAGGGAGGGGUGGGUGGCAAACGACCCGGGGAGCCCAUACUGGGGAGAUGGUGAGUGAAAUACAUGUAGUAGAACAACAGAAACGAUCCGAAGAGUGACACAGAAAGGGAGGGGUGGGUGGCAAAAGACCCGGGGAGCCCAUACUGGGGAGAUGGUAAGUGAAAUACAUGUAGUAGAACAACAGAAACGAUCCGAAGAGUGGUGUUCCGUUUACUCUCCCGCCGGAAUUACAGGAAAAGUUUUGUACAGUGGAACCCCGUUAAUACGGUCAUUAAUGAGCCAAAAACAUUUGGCCGUAUUACCAGAGCAGGAUCAAAUUUCAUGACUUGAGGGCCGUAAUGACAAAUACACCGUAUAUCGCAUUCACCGUACUGUUCCCAUUAAUAAACAACCGGAAUGUAGAUAUCGCUUACAGUAAUUGAAAAAAACUACUUAAUAGUUUCCCUCAGCACAUGAAACUCUUUUAAAAUUCGGCUAUAAAUCGCCACAAGUGUAUUUUAAGUGUGCUGUAGUUUAAAAACAGUACAAGAAUAAGCUCAAAUUACUAAGUCAAUAAAAUUGACAUGUCACAGGCAUUUUAAUUUUCUAAAUUUCGAACGAGUGGCCGUAUUAUCAGGCGUUUUUUCUUGCAUCUCCUAAGCAAAAGGGAAGAAGGACUGCCUGAUCGCAGGUUACAUUUACGGGGUGAAAUUAUAAGAGAUUCUACUGUUUGGGAUUAGUAACGAGGACACCGUAUUACCGUGGUGGCCGUAAGGCGGGGCUCCACUGUAAAUGGUAAGCCAUUACAUGCAAUGCACCAUGGUUGGAACCUCUACUAAACGGCCACCUGACGUUAUCGAACGAGGCCACUUUUUGGGGCGAUAGUGUGACAUUUUCCGUUUCAACUUCUCGACCACUUGACAAAUGGCCUGAUCUCCUGCACCGGUAAAAAUUGGUAAAUAGGGAGCUUUAGGCAUUAACGACCAUGAUGGUAACCAGAACGCUAUAAAAAGCAGUAGGUUUAAUAAGCAAAACAACUUUGCAAGUGCAGCACACUUUGCAGUACAUUACAUUACUGUCACUGCACAAUUUCAAUUUCAAUGUGAAAUUUCCUAGUUUCACGUUUAAUGGAGGACGUAGACGCAAAACGCAGAUUUUUUGGCUCUGAACUUGGGUAAAUUCUUCGGAGUGGGUUUAUUGGGUGAAUUCUGAAUGCUAGUCUGUAUCUGCUUCUUGGCUUGCUUGAGGAUAUAGACCAACCUAAAAGCACAAACGUUUGCUCACGUUUUUUGUUAUUAUUAUUAUUAUUUUCAGUGCACUUUUACGACUAUUAUAUGGAUUGCUGGGAUGUGAGUGGUUACCCCAAGCCACGCUUUGCAUCCGAGUAUGGUUUCCAGUCAUAUCCGUCUUUUGAAACCCUUGCCGCCGUGUCAGUGCCAGGGGACUGGACCUAUAACAGUGCCUUUAUGGACCAUCGGCAACAUCACGGAAACGGUUCGUAUAAUUUAAUGGUAACUUUUACAAGGUACAUUGCCGCGAUUAUGUUUUUAAUUAUCAAAGGUGGGCUCUCGACUGACUUUCUAGCUAAGAAAGUCUAAGAAGUACAAGGGCAAUGUUGAUCUAAUCGAACAAGGUGAUCCUACUUCAGUCUGUUGGUGAAAUCAAGUGAAGAAAUGCUAUGCACGGUGGCUCCUUCAAGUCUUUGAAGAAAAGAGCAUAUGUGGCUAUUUAAUGAAAGCUACUGAGUAGUUCUUUCGUUUGGUAAUGUCAUUAUUUUGCUGCACAAUGUAGUUCUAAACUUUUAGUGUGUGUAUGAAAUACAAUGUGUGACCAUUCAAAAGAAAGAUACUUAGCCGAACUUUUCUGCGGUGCUGUUUAUUGUGCCGUGCAAAGUGGUUGUAACUUUUGAGUCUGUGGACAAAUUCCUAUGGUGUGACUAUUCAAGUGAAAGCUACUGAGCAGUACCUUCCUGUGUUGCUGUGUAUAAUGCCGUUCAGGGCGGUUUCAACCUUUAUGUCUAAGAAACCCUACGGGACGAUCAUUCAGAGGCACUGAUUGUUUCGGAUCAAUUUAAGUUUCUGGGAAACUGCCCACCUACCCCUCCCCUAAGCUAACAUUUUGCCUUAAGUGUGAAGUAAGUGUUAAUGUUAGCUUAAGGGAGGGAAGGUGGCUAGUUUCCGAGAAACCUAAAUUGGUCGUUUGUUUCUUGGAAUUUCAACCUGGGAAUAGACAUUUUCCUUUUGAUUGCUCUGGUCGGUAAAACUUAUAUCUUUGAUAAAGGAUUUUCUGAGAAGCUAAAUUUAAAGGGGAACAGCAUCAUGAAAAAGAAAGAAAAAUGGAGAUGCAUGGAAAAAAGAGGGGAAAAUGUUGGUCUUGAAUAAAAGACUUUGAGAGUUCACGGUUUUAACUAAUUUUUUUUUCUUUCGUAACGAAGGUAAUGAAGAGAUGUUGGACCAAGCAAGAAAGCACUUUAAACUUCCUAACUCUUCUGAUCCUCUGAAGAAAUUCAAGGACACUCUUUUUCUCACUCAGGUUUUUGCAAAUUAUGAACAAAUGGCUCGUGUAAUAACUAAUAAUCUGUACUUAACCGCAACGAACUACCGACUGACUACCGUUACUGCGGGUACAGCUCAAGAACCAGCCGAGUUGAGUUUAGCCUGCUCCUACGCAGAAGAAGCACUUGACGAAGCCCUAAGAACCCCUGAGGAGGCAAACCAAGGGACCUGAUUCACGCUACCCGCGAUCUUUGCACGCGCUUAAGAACUGAUGGGAUAUAAGCAAUGUCACCUGGUUUCUCAGGAGAGCAAACAAUUGAUAAAAUCACCCGACAAUAGAAAGUGAAGAACCUUUUUAUCUCACAGACGAUAAUACCAAAUUAUGAGUGGAAGCCGGAUCAUGUUCCCCUUCUUUAAGCGGUAGCUAUCUUCGAUGUUAUCAUAGCAAGCAAUAAUGCGGUAAACUUGUCAUUUUAUAUGACUAAAAUAGUCGUCUCGUUUUGAGACAAUAGAGAGGUUUAGAUUCUGAGACCAGAACGACUACGAGUACGAGAUUUUCUCAAUACUGAGUAUUGUUCAUUCGUGAGUGAACCAGCGUCAUUUUGGCGGGAAACGUGAUAGCCGUCGUCUUUCUACUACGAGUUUUAGCGAAAAUGUCGUAGUGGCGCGAACAAGUUAACAAAUGUAAGAAUUUUUAUCAGUUUUCUAUCGGGAGAGGGCUUAACCUCCUUCAGUAUAAAUAACCGUACUAACUUUUUUGGUGAAAAAAAGUAAAUUGAAGCUUGCCGGUUUUUUUUGUUAGAACGCGCACAAAAACUUUAGGUUAAAUCUCGUUUUCGUACUCGUUCUCGUCUUCAAAUCUGAAGCUCUCUAUUAAACAAACUUGACUGCGGUUACUCUUGUUGGCAAAUUUUAUCACUCGUUUGCCGCCUAAAAUACCACAAGACAUCGCUUUUAUCCCAUCAAUCCUAAAGCGCUUGCAAAGAUGGCGGGUAUCGUGAAUAAGGUCUAUUGGCUAAUUACAUGGGUACCGAGAAGGAUCAGGGUCGGCCAGGGUUUUUGGGUAUACGGUAUACAGGGGCUUUUUAAAUCGGGUAUACGGUAUAUUGCAGCUUAAAUACGGGUAUUCGGUAUAUCACUUUCUUUGAAUUUCAGGUAUAAAUAUACCUACCUUAAUUUUGGGUAUAUUUGGAUGAAUUGUGGGUAUUUUUGGGUAUUUUGGCGAAUUUUUUUCGGGUAUACUGGUAUACCACUACCCCCCCCCCCUGGCCGACCCUGAAGGAUAUCAAAACGAACCCAAGACCACUGGAUUGCAAUUCCAAUGCGCUGAUUACUCGGCCACUCGAUGAAAACAAUUUAUACAAUGAACAUUUAGUAUCCUGAAUAGACCACUCCAUACAUUACAGAAAGAAUGUAUAUGGAUGGUUUCGGCGGAUUGUUGUUGUGGACAAGGGUUUGUUAUAAUUUAUUGAUGGCUGUCUUUUGGAUACCAUCAACAAAUGGCAACGAAUCCCAGAAAUCAUUUCGCUGAAAGUUUGUAGCUAGGCUCCUCCGAGACGACAGUUGGGAGAAUGAGGAGAGGACGGGGAGUUCUCGGUGUAACUGUUAAAAAAAAAGUUGCCUGCGAAGGAGGCUCUGAGCUUGUCGCCAUUAUUCCUUUUGUGAGUUGAAGAUCGUGAAUUGUGCAAAGGCUUGUUUAAGUCGUGAGACAUGCGCACGACGGAAAAACGUUAAACUUUAAAUGUUCUUUUAAGUGUCAUUCAUCUUUAUCUGCCAUUAAAGUUUAAGGUGUAAACGUCACCUUUAGCCCGUUAUAAAAGCAAUAAAGAAUUUUUGUUUCUUUUCAUUGAUGGAAAUAUUUUAUGAAAGUAUUGUGUAUUUCGUCUUUUAGGUAACGCAAGCCCAAUGUAUGAAGGUGGAAACUGAACAUUAUCGACGUUUACAGAGCGAACUUGUGAUGGUAAAUUUUAAAAUGUUUUCUCGUUUCAUAUCACUCGCCCACCACUCUUGGCACCACAUCAGGUUACUCUGAUUGUUUUAUUACUCUUUGCUCUUUACAGGGCGAAGGAAGAACAAUGGGAACCAUUUAUUGGCAGUAAGAGUUAAAGUUUUAUCGUAAAUAUCACUUGUCUAUUCCAGAAACUAUUACUGGUUUGCACGAGACCUCACGGCGGCCAUGUUGCUUGUCAGUAACAGAAGCAUUUCUCUCCUCUGGGAACUAAAACCCAUUUUUAUGUCAAUUUCUCAAAAAUAAUUUUAUUGUAUUGACCACCAACAUGGCGCCCUUGUCACGAGGUUGCAAACCAAGAAUAAGGGGAAAGGGUAGCAUCUUUUGGCGCAACGAUUUCUGGGAUAGUUUUGGUGGACAAGCAUUGCUUAUGAUUGGUUAAUGGUUGCUGCUUGAAUACCAGCGACUAAUCAUAACUAACGCUUGUCCACCAAAACCAUACCAGAAAUCACCACGCCCAGAGAUUUUGGCUAUUCUUCCUAGAGUUUACAGUGUACUGCCGAUUUUUCAAACCUUCUGCGGAGAGGGAAGUUAGUUGGAAUUAUCGAAAGCCCGGUUAUUUUCCUAAAAUAUAUCUUUGAAUUCGUUUUUAAUAAGGCUCGAUCAGCUUAAACGGCGUUUGCCGGCGGAAAAUCCAUGGAAAAGGCGUUAAAUUAAACACUUUUCUUCCCUCUUAUAUUAUCAUCCUCAUUAGUGUAGUGGUAAAGAAAAGUCGCCCCCCACAGGACGUGCGGGUUCGAUACUUAAUUUAAUUCGCUCCUCUUCUUCUUCUUUUUGUUGUUGUUGUUGUUUUGCUUACUUAUUUGUUUUUUUUUUUUUCAUAUAUUUUCUUUUCCAUUUUCCAUAUUGACUUCCUUCCCUUUCUUCCUACUUCUGGCCGUUAACCUUUGCCUCGCGAAACUCUGCGAUUCACGUAUUUCUAGUUAUGAUCGCUCGAUGGUACUCAAGGCAGCCGUUAACUAAUCAUAAGUAUCGCUUAUCACCCAAAUAAUCCCAGAAGUCGUUGUGCCGAAAGCGUGUACCUAUCCUCCUUAUAGUUUCUAGAGUGGAGAAUACCAAAGGCUUUCAUUUUGUAACCAACGAUUACAGUGCAAUGUUUGAACAUACUUAAAAGUCAACAUAAAGUAUUUCCGACAGCUGUUCUGCCUUUCCCCUUGUAGUGGUCGGGUAUAUGUCCUCACCAAAUCGAAAAAUUGUUGAAGACCUGCUUAGAUUUCGAGAAAUCUGGAUUCUACAGAAUUAUAGUUAAUUACUGUACUAGUAAAAAUAGUGCGGUAUUAUGAUGUACAUAACGUGCGUGGAUCCAAACCGUACCAAAACGUGUAUUGAUCCAAAAUUUAUGGCACCAAACCGACGGGAUAAAAACAUAUGCCCAACGAAAAAAUAGCACUGAUCGAAAAUGUGUCCGUAAAAAUCUUGUCCAGUUUCACAACAAAUCCAUUCUUUUAAAUUUAAAUAUUUUGUAAACACGGAAUUAAAGUUUGAUGUCCACCGUAGUAGCUUUAAGGACCCAUCUUAGGGCUUUAACACACACACUAAACAUGAAACAUAUCAAGGCGACACAAGUAAAUAUCUAGUGUACAUUGUUUCUUAUUAAUUUUGUGGUAAAAAAAGAACGAAAACAAACAAACAAACGAAAGAAAAAACCAAAGCCUUCGGACUCCUUGUUAAAUUAUAAUUGUUGAACUAUGAACAAAAUUUCAAUGUUUUAAUCGUUUGAUUGUUGACAGGAGCCAAAUAACAAAAAACCCUUUUUUGGUAGUCUGAGUUUCUUAAUCAACCGUUCUUUGAGCAGACAGAGCAGUUUCUUUAGGGUAGAAUACUGAAUCUUCGCGUCAACCUUUUCUUAAGUGCAGAGCUUGCUUGCACGCUGCAAAGCAUGUUUUGUCGAUGUAAGGAUAUAAUUAAUCUCGCAUUGGACUUCCAAAUGUAUAUUCUAUCAGUUUGUCAUAUAGACCAAAAGCUUUCUGUCCCCUUGAAAUCCAAGCCUCCCAUGUUGUACUGCCAAGUUGUCGAGCACCAAGAGGUCUCCCUUUCUCCACUUGAACCCUACUGCGCAUGACCAGCCAGUGGCGAGUAAGUGCUGUAUUACUGCGGGCUCGAUAUCGCUUCCAUCGCCGUAAAAUGUGUGGGAUGGAUAUUUAUUUUCUUGGAUCUUGUCUCCUCCCGGCAGUAGACGGUAAUAGGAACAAUGGUGUGUCGUAGCUUGAUUGAACCAAGUUUUCUUUCUAGUGACUGGGUGAUGUAUAAAGGCAGGCCUGUUUUGCCACAGGUACAGAUCACCGCUAGGGUCCCAGGUGAAAUUCCUGCCUUGCUCUUUUGCUAGGGUUUCCACAACCUAUUAGACAGCGAUAAGAAGGAACUGAACAUUAAUACUGCGGAUUCCACAUCUCUCUGAUUGAAUUCUGGAUUCUUGGGAAAGAAAUCUAUAGAGAGGAGAAGUGUGACGUCAAGUUACCAUGGUAGCCAAAUUUCUGGAUGACAACAAUAGGGCCGAGAUUAAGCAACGAGGACGGCUACAGUAUCGAGAACGGCAAAAAAACCCCGAUAGGUUUAGAUUAGCAAAACAACAACUUUGCACGUGCAUCACGCUUUUUUUGUACGUUUCUUAGCCACCGUUGCACGAGUGAGACAUGAAACCUACUAAUUUCUCGCGCCCGCUUUACGGAGUAGGUGAACGCAACACAAAAAGUUUCUUUUUUUUCUAAACUCAGAUACGGUCCUUUCGGAUUAAAUCCAGAAAAUUUCGCCAACGUUUGACAAAUUACAUGAAAUUGAAUAAGAUCGAUGAACUUUGAAACAGUGAGAAUUUACUUUUUAAGUGAAUUUUCAUCCAAAAAAUUUUGCUACCAUGGCAACGUGACGUAACGACUUCUCGUCUCUAUUUGGUUCUUAUAACUAAUUUCAGUUACAGUUUUUCAAACGUUGCUGGAUAGCGCUAUCCACAAGAUAAGUCACUAUCCAGCGGAAAAGUGUUAGAGAAAACAAUGGCGCUAUCCAGUGGAUAGAGAUUUAUCCAGUGGAUAGGGUAAUCCACCAUAUAAACAACUAGGGCUAGGAAUGUAUCUAACUAAGCUUCAGCGAUUGGCAUUUGGGAAAAUACAUCCACUCGCGAAUCUUACUUUUCUUCUAUCCGAACUUUGUUAAAAUCCACCUACCUCUCUGUUGUCUGUGUCAUAGACGUGCUGCCAGUUCAUGUAUUCUGCGUUUGAUUUAUCAGGCAAAUAUCUCACGUACCGCAGCUGUUUCUCUUCAAAUCUUUUCACUAUGUCAGGAUCCAGUGACGAAAGAAGGUCGCUAUUUUUAACCAGCGGUGUUUCACCUCCGCAGCCAUCAGUGGGUUCUUUGACACAAAAAAAGAAAACCUGGGGAUAGAGAUUGUAUUAUUAUAAACUUAGUAUUUUAAUUGUCAUACGUUUCAUACAUGAGCAUUGGCGGAUCCAGGGGAGGGGCCUGGGGGGCGGGCCCCCCUUAUUUUUAGACCAAACUGAGGUCCGAAGGGCCGAAAAAAUGUUUUUUGGAGACUGGGCCUCCCCUUUUCUCAGGGUCUGGAUGACCCCCCCCCCUCCUUAUCUGAAGGUCCAGAUUCGCCACUGAUGAGCUCCCGGCUUAGAUGAUCAGGGCAACCCCAUCCCACAUAUUGUCCUAAAUAAAUUGAUUGAGUGAUUAACUGGGCGUUCCGCGAGGGAAAUUUGCUUCAACCAAAAUAGUAAGGGAAGUGUGGGCUAUUUUCCCAGGCCAGUUAUUUUCCAGUUCUUUCAAAUAUCAGUUUUAUCCCCCCGAUCCCUUAAACAGAUCAUGAAAUAAGAGCAUUCCCGGCACACACCUUAAUUGGCCGGAAUAUCGCCUUCCCUUCUAACAAUCUAGAGUGAUUAGGCCUUAGUAUUGUUCUCAUAGUUUCCGGCAAUCGACAUAUGAAAAGGCGAAACGUUCGUUAACGGUAUCAAUUUAAAACUGCUCUGAAUUUUAACAUAGCUUACCUUGGAUGGGUAUACAUUGUUGUAUGACAUUUCAUUGUGUGGAUCUAUCGAUAUCUCAUCUGGAUCGUUGUUAGCGGUGUAUGUUCCUAUAUUCUCGUCAAUUCUUUGGCGAAGAGAAGCUCCUCCCUCAUAAGUCAAGGCUUUCCCUGGAAUUUCCCGAGCAAUGAUAGAGAAGUCCUCCUCGGUUUGGGCUGGGAGAUUGCGAAAUAAAAUAGCGGGAUGGUGUGUGAGAUUUUCUUCCACAUAUUCCAUACAUUUUGCCGUCAGCUGAGCAAGUGAGGAUUGCUGGGGAUUGGUAACGAGCACGCCAUGCGGGAAUGAUUCUCUUGGCUCUGCAAGGAAUUCUGGGAAUCCUUCCCCGGUUGAACCUGCCAUGGAUGGUCGGUCUUUUAUUCUUGACUUAAAUUUUGUAAGCAUUUCUUCUCUUGGUAGCGGUGUGAAAGUAUCUGUUGUUGUUGGGCUUGCUCUUGUUGAAAACAAGUUUCUGGUCUUGUCAUGAAGUAAAUGUGAUCUUGGCACGGAGAAAGGGAACGUAGGAAAUUUGUAGAAAGAUACGCGGUUCCAUAAGAGACGAAGUUGAGCUGGAGCUGUCAUGGUCAGUCUUUUGAACCUAAAAACAAACUAAAAUCAAUAAAUAGAUUACGUUUUUAUUUUAUCUUUAAAUUCAUCCCAGGACCAACACAAGAUCAGUCCUCCGAGAGAAAUCCUGUACAGGGUUGACACAUGGCACGAGAACCAAAAAAAUUGUUAGCUUUUCAUAUACAUAUUUUUUUACCUCUUUUUGCAUUUGUAAAAAAUGCUCUAACGCUACCUUUACUGUUACAGUUCCUCUAAACUGCGCGUAUAGAAACUUAAUUUUCAUGGUUAUUUGAUAAAUAACUCCUUUUUAGCGUAUGAACGUAAUUUUUAAUGCACCAAAUUGCCAAUGCACAAUACAUAUCCAUGCAUAGAGGCGCGAUUAUCGUUCUUUGUGUUCGUGCGUCGUGCCUUUGUCCUUGAGGCACCAUUUAAGGACGAUGAAGGCACCAUCCAAGCACAAAGAGAGAGACACGAUACCACAUUUAGAACAAAACGUACUCGUAAAUUCAACUCGUUAAGUUGAAAAUGCUUCGUCAAUACAACACUGACUCUCUUUAAUACAUGCCUAAGUAUCCCAGUUUAUUGUCAUUCAUUCUUCAGAUUCUUUCUCUAUUCAACACCGUAAUUUUUUUCUCAGAUGAUAUAUCGACGGACUGUUUGAAAAAGGCUCGAUGAAAAAACAGUUAAAGCUCGGCAAAGGCAUCUUGAAGGCACUAUCUAUGCACCAUCAAUAGAUUUCAGGCUUCUUAUGCAGGAUUAUUGUGUAGGCACGAUGUACGAUAGCCCCCCCGCAGACGUCCUUUGGGGUUCGUUCGUCACGCAUUCAUUUCUCCCCCACCGAGGGGGGGGUAGAAUUUGAUCUAUGUGCUGUGAUCACCAAGUUUUUGUGCGCCUCGCCUAGAAUAUUCCUCUUCAAGAGCAUAUUACCUACUGUGUUCUUUUCAUUUCUAUCACUUUCUACCCCUUUAUGUUUUUCACGGUAUUUGGAUUAUAAAAUUCGAUCGACUAUACAGUUCUUUUCGGGAGAAGAAAGGCGUUUAUGUGUGAUCCUCGUGACUCUAUGACAACUGACUUUACUUGAAAAUGAAAUUUUCUAUCCGUCACAGUAUUUGACUGGAAAUAAAUUCUCCCUGACUUUUUGCAAAUUUUCCCUUGCAUUCCUUCAACCCUGCAAACAGUUAUUUGUCAUUCUUAACCAAAUGUCGUGACGUGUUGUGACGUUUUGCAUUUCAUUGUUAGUGCGCGUGAAUUUAUAUGAAAUAUGAGCAUAUCAUUUGUGCGACAUAGAAUUUUAUUGUUGUUGUUCAAUUUAUCGUUAAUUUGGUUUAAAUUUUAUUUUCUUUUGUUUCAAAAUCAUUACCAUACAUUACCAUACCCAAAAACAAAAGAAAGAAAAUUUAAACCAAGGAUAAAAUUGAACAACAACGUACUGCAGUAACACAAAAUGCGGAUUUCCACGGUAUUUUGAGUUCAAUUGUGAGACUUUCUCGAAGGAAGAUAUACCACACCUUCCUUACCGUCAAAGAUACCCUUGAUGUGACCGUCCUUUUGACUCAUUUCUCGGCAGACAAACCCUGCGUAAAGGCGUUCGGUUCGUGCAGCGCGAUCUACAUUUUCAGCCAUCUUUGAGUCCUACGGUAUGGUUCUUUGUAUCGUUGUAUUUCUUACGUUUGAAGUAAUGUGACAGAGCUAACCAAGUUGAAAAGUAAAGAAGUAGACCUACCUUUCCUACUUAAAGAUACCUUAAGUGACUGUCGAUGGAUCGAGUAUUGUUCUGGCGGCGUGAUGUGCGAUUUAAUCCGGUACAUGUAUUCAAGCCUACAGGCGCGGCGGCCAAGCGGAACCUGGUUGUUGAAGGCACAAGUGCAAUCACUGGACCCAAGUGUAAUAAAGGUCCCAUCUGUAAUGACAUUUGGACCCAAGCGUAAUAAAAGUCCCAUCCGUAAUAACAUUUUGAACCCAAGCGUAAUAAAGGUCCUAUCUGUAAUAACAUUUGGACCAAGCGUAAUAAAGAUCAUAAAGGUCUAAUAUGUUGACCUUUCGUCCCAGCUGAGAUAAUAUGAGACAUGCUCACAACAGUGUAUCUUAACUUACAAGGCUGACAUCAGGGCUCAUGCGACCAAACAGAACGAGAAAAGCAUGAACGGGAAAAAAUACCACCGAAUCUAGCAAUGGCUCUCGGUUCACGUUUUGACAAAUUUAUAACUGGCUAUGAAACGUGCUUUUCAAAAAACUCAUCGCUCCAGAACAAGUAAAUAUGUCAUUUACGUUCACGUAUAUAAAAUUUCAGGCUAAACAGUUUUAAACCCAGUGGAAUCUGUUAUUAUUUUUUGCCCUCUGUCUUCUUGUCAUUUUCAGUAUUUCACCCUCACGGCUGAAUUUUAUUGAUUUCAUGACUGUCAGUACUUGUACUGAAAAGGAGUACCUUAAAUUUAAAAUUUUUUCUUAUACAUUAGUGAAAUCAAGCAUAUGCCGUUGCUUAAUACAAAUUAUAUGGCUUUAAAAAAAUUGAGAAUUUCCUUAAAUCGAUGAUUGAACGAAUAAAGAUAACAUAAUAAUUUCUUUGGUUAAGUGGUAAUGGCCAUAUUUUUCAAUGGCCAGUGCCGUUACUCGCCAAACUAUUAGGUGUAAAAUUCAGUUUGAAAGUGACAUGAAAGCCAUGAAGAUGAAAUUAAAUGGUAGGAGUUGGUUUCUGCAGGUCACGUGAUUUUUAACUUUUUGAUAUAUUACCGGUUUGAGUAUAAAGAUAACUUUUACAAAUUCGGCCUUUUUUACACUUGGGUCCAAAUGUUUUUACAGAUAGGACCUUUAUUACGCUUGGGUUCAAAAUGUUAUUACGGAUGGGACUUUUAUUACGCUUGGGUCCAAAUGUUAUUACAGAUGGGACCUUUAUUACACUUGGGUCCCGUUAUUACACUUGUGCCUUCUACAACCUGGCUAGUUCAAGUGUAACCAAGUUGUAGACAGGCGAUUAGUGGAAGAAACAUCUAGCAAGCUUUUCGAAAUACAACGAUAUUGUCUUGAAUAUUUUUCUCGAAACAAAACCAGCCCAUACGGCUGAUACAACAACGACACGUUGGGACACAACCCUGUGAGAAACCAGAGAAUGGAUUGGUGAAUAAGCACGCGCUUUCCACUCCAAAUAGACAUGAGUUGUUUACCAUAUAUUGACAAGGGCAAACCGGUCGGUUCACGGUUUCGGCAAAUGGUACGUAAAAUUCAGGACAGAUAUAUUUCUUACCGGAAUCGCUUUUACCAUUUGUACAGAUCAGUUUCAUUUACCGAAAAACAACCGCCCAAGUCUGAAACUAGUAUCAAAGAUAGUGUUUUACUAAUGGUACACGAAAGGUACACGAAUUUCCGCUUGGAACAACAGGAACACCUUUUCAGAUGUUCCGUUGCACCCGGAAAUUUUCCGCUGGAGCGACUCAUUUACUUUCCAUCCGGACUUUCCGGAAACUUUUGGUGAACGCAACGUGAUCUUCAGUCAAUAUUGCCAAGUUCACUGCAAUGUGAUCAACACGGUCUACCCAACAUUGCCGGAAAGUGUCCGUUGUAUGGAGCUGAAUACAGGAAGGAGUGACGAUGACGAUGAUGAUGAUGAUGAUGAUGAUGAUGAUGAUGAUGAUGAUGAUGAUGAUGGUGAUGAAGAAGAUGAUGAAAAUAAUGAUGUGUGUUCUAGUGUGCCUUCAACUAUCGCCGAUAUUUCCUUUUAUUAUCACUGGAAGUUUGGCCAUGAUUUAUGGCUCGAUUUUUAUGCUCUCAAUAACCUCAUUUGAGCCGACCAUCGGUAGGAGAAUAAGAGAAAAAAAACUUACAAAAAAAUCUCACAUUUACACCGAACGUGUCAAUCUUGUAAAAAGCCACCGUGUGCUGCGAGUUUCGAUUGACUUUAAAGGAAACUUCUUUUAAAUUCAUUGAUUAAUUUAUUAAUUGUUUUUAUCAGGUUGAAUAGUAUUUGGCAAGCUCCCACUUGGUCUUCAUUGGAAUAUGGAGGCCGUUGGAAGGUAAACAAAUAACUUAUUUCAGUCUUGUUCACGUCUCUUCAUGGUAUAAAAGAGCGGAAAACAGGGGAAUAUCUGUUUGUAUAUUAACUUCACGCAUGUAGACAAGAUUAAGGACUUUCGAGUAUUAGAAGACCCGGAGAUUAGGCCAUACGCGUUGUGAAAUUGAAAACAACCUUUUCAGCGUGAAGUUUCAUAAACAUUAAAAAAACCGCCGUUAUUUACCAAAUGUAAUAAAACCUGAAAAGUCGUUCUUACUUAGGAUUCUCUUCCUGCUUUUAAGAAGAGUUUGUGGAAUUCAAUUUUUAAAGAACAGCUUAGGUUGAACCAUUUUCAUAUGUAGCUCCAUUUAUGUAAAUUUUUUUAGAUUUUUACAUAUCAAUAUAGUUUUAGUUUUUACAUACUGGUAUUUUUAAUUGAUUGAUUAAUUAAUUAAUUAAUUGAUUCGAGGGCCACAGGUUUAGUAGCUUUUAGCUAUUUAGUGUUACCUUUACUAAAUAAAGUGUUUACCUACUUACUUACCUACCCUGCAGGUGCUGCAUUAUUUCGCAAAGGAUUUCUAUGCUCCCGUGAUAGCUUCAUCUUAUGUGGAAAACGGGAAAUUUAAACUUUUCGUGGUGUCCGACCUAAUGAAGGUAACUGCUUCUUACAUCUCGCACGAUGAGACUAAAAUACUAAGGAACCGACCAUUUUACUUUCGAGGUGGGUAUGGGUGAUUUGGUUUGGGUAAUUUUAUUUUUCCCAAACCUCUGGUGAAAGAAUUUUUCCCUGACAUACAAUGUUGUAAGAUUUUUUCCAGCAUUAUACACCUUGAAAGAGAAAUAUAUUUUUUUCAGUGUAGGAAUUUUUUCCCCAACGUAUUUCCUUGCAAGUCAGUUUGCAGGAUAUUUUUUUCUGAAAUUACCCAUAUCCCCCCUCGAAAGUCAAAUGGUCGCCCCUAAUGUCCUUUUUAAGUGACAAACUUAGAUUAAAUUCAGUAAAAACCGAAUUGUUCAAGGGAACAAUUUCUAAUAAUAGAAUUCCUUAUUUAUGGAAUAUCUUACCCGAGAACCUAAGAACUGAAGACCUACGCCUGACUUGCUUCAAAGAAAUGCAAGAAAUUUAUCAAGAAUAAGAGGAUCAUUAUACUGCCCACCUACCCCUCCCCUAAGCCAACAUUAACACUUACUUCUUACUUAGGGCAAAAUGUAGGCUUAGGGGAGGGGUAGGUGGGCAGUUUCCCAGAAACAUAUGAUGAUCCAAAUAAGGUUAGGGAAUUUGAUUCUGAUCGCCCACAUGUUACCUGGGUAUAAAUGAUAGUGCAGUCCUAAAUCUUAAUUAGCAGUUUGUAUGUUACUUUUUCUGACAAUUUCUGUUUCGUUCGUUUUUUCGAAGAAGGAGAAAGCUCAGAAAAAAUUUCGAGCUCCAGGUGAGAAUCGAACUCACGACCCUCCGAGUUCUAGUUCGAAUGCUCUAACCACUGAACUUUUGGAGGCUCUGUGGCGAGGAGGGUCGAAAUUUUAUAAUAACUACACCAGUCUGUAUUUUUAAAUUGGGUAGACUAGCUCGUAUGGUUCUUCUGUUCCCCACUACAGUCCUUCCCUUUCCUUCUCUUCGUGUCUGAUUAUAAUGACUUGUAUGCAGUGAAAAAUGGACUAGAGUAAAUUAUGUGCACCUACUGAUGAAAGAGAGUCACGAAACUUCACUGUGGUCUUUAUUAUUUAUGUUUUUUUAGCCAAUCACCCAGGGUGUGGUGUCUCUUAAGGCUUGGGCCUGGUCUUCGUUCAAACCGUUGUCUACAAGGAACGUCACUUUUAACAUUGAUCGACAAUCCUCUGUGAGUAGCCAAGUUACUGAGUGAACAGAACAACGAGUUGUCAUUUAGCCUGUGUUAUACGUCUCUAACUCACUUAUAGAGAGCUUUAGAUUCUGAGACGAGAACGACCACGAGUGCGAGAUUUUCUCAAUACUGAGUAUUGCUCACGCGUGAACCAGCGUCAUUUUGGCGGGAAAACGUGAUAGCCGUCGUCAUUCUGCAAUAGGGAGUUUGAGAUCCAACGACGCGGACGACAACGAGAACGUCAAAAAAACAAUUGGUUAAUUAGCAAAACAACAACUUCGCACGUGCAUCACACUUUUUUGUACAUUUCUUUCCCGUUUUUGCCCGACUACGACGUGAAAAUGCCUAAUUUCGCGUUUUAUGGAGGACGUAAACAAGCAACGACGAAAUUUUAGUUCUCUUUCUGAGCUUGAAUUUGGUCCCUUGAAAUUCAGCUUCAGGAGGGUUCGCCUAUAAUUGACAAAGUAAGUGGGUAGGAAUAAUCGCUAUAAAGACUGAAAGAACGCAAAUUCACUUUUUAAGCGACGUUCCUGUCGCCGUCGCGUCGUUGGAUCUUAAAGUCCUUAACGAGUCGUAGUGGCGGGAACAAGUUAUCAAAUGCAGGACGUUUUACCAUUUUGCUAUCAGGAGAGGGCUUAACCUCCUUCAGUAUAAAUAACCGUACUAACUUUUUUGGUGAAAAAAGGUAAAAUAAAGCUUUCCGGGCUGUCUUUUUUAGAACACGUACAAAAACUUUAAGUUAAAUCAUUCAGUACUCGUACUCGUCCUCAAAUCUUGAGCUCUCUAGUAAGUCAUGAAGAGUAAGCAAAAGAAACGACAACAGUAAUUUUUAGAGUGAAAACAUCACAGUCCGUAUAAACAUACUGUUCCAGGCUCCAAGAUAGCAGGGAAGGCAAAUCCAGAAAAGUUGUUGGAAAACCGCGUGGGGGCUGGGGAUAGACGGUAAAGUAGAGCCGGUGAUUUAGCCGGUAAGCAUUGUUUUCAAUGCUUCAUUGCGGUAUACCAGCUGCUGGCAUAUCCUAUGAUUGGUCAAUUUUGAUAGUUGAUGUCAACACUUAAAUCAAUCGCUUGGCUUCGAGCGUGUAGAGUCAUACAAACAUGGUGAGCGUGGGAGUCCCUUCUACACCCCACAGUUUGGCACUUUGACAUUUGACAUUUUGACACGAGAAACAGUUUUUCUGGAAGUUGGCAGGGUAGUGGGUGGACUGAGGUAUUUGAAAAGAUGCUUAGAGGAACUCACCUUCUCUCUUCCCGCCGUUUUACGCUCGCUAGCUUUUUCGCUGCUAGCCCGCUCUUUUCGCUCGCCUGCAUUGACCGAGAGCCAGGCACAGGUUAGUACGGGUACGCCCCAUGACAACCUGACCGAAUGUUAUCUAUGCCACGCGAUUCGCCAGGCGUUAGUUGAUAUUGUUGUUUAUUUACGCAACCAUGUCAUUGGCUUAAUUCUUCAGUUAGUGGCAAAUUUGUUCACUACGUUUCAAUGCCUUUUUAUGUGUGCUGCUGUUUCUAUUUCAGAAACUUGUUUUUGCUGAUGACUUAAAGAUUCUUGUAAAGUCAAGCGGGUGUGAAAGCCCAAGACACUGUGUGUUCACCAUGACUCCAGUAGACUUCAGCACCGAGGAAGACCUCGGGCCAGCCAACGUAUUCUUCCCUUCCAAUCUAUCAGACGCUAUCGGCUUACAAGAUCCUCAGUUAAAGGUUGAAAUUCUCUGAAAGAUAAUUCUACGUUUAUUUUUAUACACGUCUUUGUUAGUUAACUGAAGACUUUCACAUGCAUGACCGUGAGAUCUAUUUUUCUAGAUUUCCAAAGUUGCCCAGUUAUCCAAGACAGAAUUUAGAGUGUCCGUUCAAGCCCAGUUUCCCGCUUGUUUUGUAUGGUUAGUGGCAAAAGACGUCCGUGGUCGUUUCUCGGAGAAUGGGUUCCUGCUAACAGAGCCUUCCAAAACGGUAUUAACUCUUCCUAUUUAUUUUUUUCCUUUCAGUGAGAUAUUUCCCAUGUCUUUUAAAGGAGCUGUGUUAUGAAUUGAGUGACAAAUAAAAAUAACCGCUCAAAACAUAAGAAGAAAGUAUAAAUAACACAACAAUUACAAAAGGAGGCAUGGACGGACAAACUUCAAGAAGAUUAAAACGGAACGCAGUUGUGGUUUUUUGAAAACACGUUAGCCUAACAGUUUUUCAAAGUUCGUUUUUGCUGUUUGUAACGUCUGAUAUAAUGCUCGCGAGACAUAUUUCUUUGACAAGAGGCUGUAAUUUUGUUGUUUACAAGUAAUUUCUCGCUCACGUAGUUCUACAUAGUGCAUAAAGAAGCGUAAUUGGCAAUAUUACAAAAAAAUAAAUUGUACAGCCACUUAAAUUCGAUUUUAAACGUUGUUUCGUUUUCAGGUGAUCUUCCACAGCUGGCAAGAUACGACAGAGGGCGAAUUGGCGAAGAAUCUUUAUAUUAUGUCUCUUUAUGAUCUGUACACUUAAAAAAAAUAGAGUUUAUAAAACAACGCACCAAAGUAGUACCGUAAAACGAAAGAAGAACAACUUGAUUUUUACUUGAAAAGAAGUUUUUUUAUGCUGCGGAAAUUAUCCUUAGUCAGCUGUUGUGUUGUGGUAUGGAUGUUAUUCAGUUUUUUUUGUUAACCUUGCAUAUUACGUUAUUUGGUGAUCGCAACAUAUUCAAAACAAGAAAACUGUCGAGAAAGUUGAUAAAGUUAUGUAUUAGCAUCUGAAGUGGCCUUUUCGCCGGAUCUAGUUGUUACAAAUUUCCCCGAUUUUCGAAACAUCUAGAAAAAAUAAAUCUCUUUUUGAUACUCCUUGUGGUUGGGUGAAAGAGAAACUAAUUUUCACGGCCGUUGUACCGUGGUUCCAGAACUUUCAGUAUUCUAUAUUAAUUGGUCGAUCUGAGUUUGCCUAGCCUCAGUACGACGUCUUCCCUGGCCUUUUCGGUCAAUGCAUUUCGGUGACGUCGGGACGCAUGGGCCGCGCGGAAUAAUGAGGCCUAGGGACUAGCCAAGAUCCCAAGAUUUGAGUGUAGAGUGUUUUCACGUGACGUUACGGCGGCCAUAUUGGUGUUCCAAAGCAAUGAAACGGCGGCCAUGUUGGUUUACCCAGAAAAUCUUCUGGGAGUUGAACUCUUUUCUCAUGUAAAUGCUUUCUUUUGUUCCAGUAAAAUUAGCAUAGAUGCUGGCCACGUGAGUGAAAACGCUCUAUUGUAAUUCGUUAGAAUAACCGUUUUGGUGUUGAAUUUACCAAACUCAAAUUUAUAAAUAGAUGGCAGUUAAAUCCUUAAGCCGGGUUCGGAUAAGACUAAAAGUCAAUCAAAGGAACGGGCAAACACGCAAUGAAACAAACUGACAGAAAGAUUCUUAAACUUUGCCAGGGCAUGGUAAGUUAAACCGUGAGUGAACGAGUGUGUUAGGGUGAUUUUACUUCACCCAUGAAAUAGGUACAGUAGUAGAAUACUGCCCGCUAGCUAUUAUGCAAUAAUUCCAUUGUCUUCUUUUGUUUACUUGUACCUAUUUUACACUAGUAGUUAUUAUCUGUUUCAUGCGUCAAGUAAAAUCACUCUAAAAGAAUAACGCUUAUUGCUUUUCAAGAAAGCAUCCCUCAUUCCCUCUACUUUUUCGCGAUAUUUGUUACAGUCUAAAGAUCGUUCAUUUUGCUAUAUUUACUGUGGAGUGUUUACCGUUGCAAAUGCCUUUACAAAAGGCCAGUAAGUUUGUACCUAGAUGAUACAAUAAUGAUUUUGGAAUAAAUAAAGCAUUUUUU